AUGCCCGAGCAGAGCGUCCAGCGCCAAGAGCGCGGCAAUCGAGAGCCCUCGCAGGACGCUGAAGGCAUCGAAGGAAUCAACUCUUCUGACGAUACCCUCAUUGAGGUAGCCCAAGAGGUUCUCCUCGACGAUUCGGAGGACCACCAACUGCUGCUGGCGGGAGAUAGGUUCUGGUUCGAAGACGGCAACGUCAUUCUGGUGGCUGGCGACACGCGCUUCCGGGUCUAUCAAGGGCUACUAGCUGCUCAAUCUUCAGUUCUCGCGCAUAUAUUCUCCUCAACCUCGCAACUUGUCAACACUCCUACCUCGGAAGAGAUCAUCUCUGGUCUAGGCGACCCGUGCCUUGUCGUCCGUCUAUCUGACAGCCCGGAAGACCUUCGACACAUGCUGCGCUUGUUCAUGCCCAGCGCGCUCUUGGCAACGGGACCUUCGUUCGAGUUUGUCUCCGCAUGCAUUCGCCUGGGACUGAAAUACGAGAUCAAGCAGAUCUACGACACUGCGCUGGCCAUCCUGAAGAACCGCUACACGGACAACAUCGAUCACUGGGACUCUCUGAGCAACCGCGGGUCUCAGACUGGCUUCGACGACAUCCACGCCAUCGGCGUCGUCAAUCUCGCGCGUCUCAUUGGCGACUCGUCCAUGCUUCCGGUUGCGCUCUGGCAGUGCUGUAGGCUUGGCUCGGAUCUGGUGCACGGCUUGGCUCGGGAAGACGGAACUCGGGAGAACCUCACCCUAGACGACCUCGGGCUCUGCUUCGCCGCUCAGGAGAGGCUCAUCAAGGCUGGCGUCCGCGCCCGGCUCCGCGUCUUCGCACCGACAGUCUCGGAGAAGUGCCAAAACGCGACGAAGUGCAAGGAAGUGUUCGUGAAGGCGCUCCGGUCGCUCGAGAAGAAGGCCGACAUCAUCGCGGGGACGGACCCUUUCGUGCCAUACACGCGGAUCUCUCUCGAAGGCGUGCUUGGACUGUGCUCGACCUGCAGCUCCGAGGUGAAGGCGCGGGACCAGAAGGAGAGGCGGGCGGUCUGGAACCGGCUCCCGGCGCUGCUGGGGAUCGAGGUUCCGGGAUGGGGGAAGGUGGCUGGCGCGAAUGCGUGCUGA